GAUUGAAAAAUAACCUAUCACUUGACUUGUGUUUGACUCGUACACAGUAUUGCCAAUAAACAUGAAUCAUACAGAAAGAAAUAUAACUAAGUAAUCAAUUAAUCCGAUAAUUGAUAACUACGUAUAUUUAAUAUCAUAAUUGUGGAUAUUAUAAAUUAUUACGAGUUAUUAACAUUAUUUUUCACUAUAUCUACUAACAGUGUUGUAUGUCAAAAAUUGACAUGAAUUGCUAACUUCAUUGUAUUGUUAAGUUGUAGUGUGUAGUGUAGACAUUUUUAUUUAUUUUCGAUUAUUUUGAUGUUUGUUGUAAAUCGGAAUAUUAUACGAAUUGUUUGACAUUACUGUACACAAACAAUAUCCGGCUUUGGGGUUCCAGCAAUGUUGAAGUGGGGACGUUCCGAUGUCUCGACGUCUUCCAUCUUCACAACGUCGCGUUCCGUCUCUAGAUAACAAUCCCUAUCAAGCUACAUCUCCCGCUUCUUCAAACAAUCCCCAACCUCAAAAAUCAUCCUACUAUUAUCCCCACCACCAUCAUCCUCAUUAUCAUAACCAUGGUGACCAGUAUCAGAAACAGUGCCGCAACAGUUACCUAAAAUCACCCCAAGCUACCGCCGAUAUCGUUUACAGUGACGAGACUACCGAUACCUACGAUUAUUAUUAUCAACAAACUGGGUUCCAGCACAGUCCUUUGAGGGAAUCCAGAAAUACGGAUGUUACUUUCUCCGACGAUAGCGGAUCUACACGGUUGCCAUAUUUCGAAUUCGACGAUGAUUCAAAUAAAAGAUAUUCGCGAACUACGAUUUCAGAUAGGAGCUUUAAAAGACCAAAAAAUUCUCCUGAUAGAAGACAAAAUCACACACUCAAUCUCAAGGAUUUAAGAAAAGUUUAUCCCAACCCAGAAAACAACUUGGACCAGUUGUAUCAAGAAGUACCGAGUCCAUCCGAUAAUGUACCUGUAAAUAAUCUACCUAGAAGAAUAUCUACAAGAGCAUCUGAUAGACCCCAAAGUUCUUUAAGUUCAGGUGUAACUAGUGCGGUAGUUCACGGUUGUGGUGGCAGAUGUCAAACGUUCGAAAACGUUUGUUAUUUUUUCCUACAAUUAAUGUUCACCAUGGGCAUUUUGAUAGGAAUAUCAUUGUACAUAGCUGGAAUGGUUUUAAGAAAAUCCGCUGCUCGAAAUUUACAAGUCCUCAUGUACAUAGGGAUACUUUUGAGCGUCGUUAGUGGAUUAUUACUGGCGAUUCAGUAUGAUGCUAGAAAAACAGCUAGGAAUAGAAAAAAGGCUAUCCAGAUGGCAAAAAGGGCUCCCAUACAAAUGGAAAAUUUACAUUUAAGAACUAACCCCUUACAUAAUCAACCACAUAUCGGUUGGAACGUUCCCAAUCAAAGGAAUAGCAAUUUUCCUCAAGUCCACGUCAGUGUAAAUCGUCCUUUACCAAUGCGACCUACGGAAAGAGAUUCUCCAACUGUUAUCGAACAACCGGGAAUACCUUGGUGGAGACGAAAAGAUCUUAAUACUCACUAGCUUGAUUAGUUUGUAAAAGUUGUACAGACAAACUGUAAUAUAAGACUGAUUUAGAAAAAUAUUGUAAAUUACAUAAUAUUUAGUUCAUUCUGAAUUUUAAAUCAUUUUAUCGUGUGAUUCCAUCAUUAAAACAACUUUCAAGUCAUUACCUUUAAUGUUUAACAACUUUUUUGCAUAUAUGAAUAAUAAAUUGCACAAUUAACUUGUCAUUUAUUGGUAGUACUUCUGAAAGUAUAUACAAGUUUAAGAGUGAGAUUUUUUAUAUGAGUCACCCUCAAUUUAAACUUGUUCAAAGUAGUCCUUAGUCCAAUUUUAAUUUCUUUUCAAUACUGUAACACAAAAGAAUGAAUUAACUAUUACAGGCCAAAUGUAAAUACAUGUCUUAACCCCUACCUCAGUGACAAUUAUAGUUGGAAACUGAAAUUAAAAUACAUAUCGUAUCAUAAAACUUUUUAUUUCAAAUUUACACCACCGUCACUAUCAACUGUGAUGAUAUUAAUUGUGUUAUACCGAAAUCGACCACUGAGAUUAAGGGUAAUUGAAUAAACUACUGCUUAUGGUUGUGGCGACAAAAAAAACCGUAAAAAUUGUUUUUGAAAAAGUUCAAUUUGUUGCUGGAAUGUAAAACUUUUUGUUCAUUACUUGAACUCAAUACUAUUGGAAGUGAAUCAGCACAGAGUCAGCUCGAUUUCCUAAUUUUUGUCUUUAAAUGAUGCUCUCAACACCUUCAGAUUAUACGUUUCGUUUCAAAUUUCGCCAAAAAUUCACUUGGCUUCAUCUGAAGCACAUUAGGAACAUUCCUGGACUUCUCAAUAAAUGGACUAAUCAACUCAAAAGCUCCAACAACGUCAUUUGUAUAAUGAGAAGUUACCAUAUGUGGCAAACACACAAAAUAUCCUUUAAGAUGUUUCUUCUUUAUAAAUUGCAUUUAUCUAGUUCCAACAAACUGAAGAACGACUACUUGUAUAUAUCGCCAACCAUACCAACACUUUCUGGAACCAUUGGUGAUAUUCAUACUGAACACUAAACAGUGUGUUCAGUACUUUCAACUUGAACUUUUUCUGAAUUUUAAAAUACCAUUCCACUCCCGUUAGAUAUAAAUUAUGACCUGUUGUCCCUAAGACUUCUAAGUUUUGAUUUUUGUUUCUUUUGGUGCUUCUCAGAAUACCUGGGUGCAGAUUUUCUUGAUUUUUGAACCACAUUUUGUUUGUUAAGAAUUUCGCUUACAAUUUUCUUAUCUAUUUUGAAUUUUCUGCCCAAUUUUUGCAAACUGAUUCCCAGUUUUUUUGCUUUUCUGCCUGAUCCUGACUAUUUUUAUCUGACUAUUCCUUUAUUACAGAUUAAUUAACCGUAAUACCAUACUUGAAACUAAUCAACAAUUUUUAUACAUGGUACAUUUGACAACUGCACAAUUAUGAGAAACAAUAACAUUCUCAGUACAAAUUUUUUGCCCAAAACUAGCAUAUUAUUGACGUUUUAGAAAAAUUUUAACUAAUAACAGGCUGUGAUAUAAAAUUGAUGUGCUACAGACAUCUUGAUAUGAACCAAUUUCUAGGAGGGUAUAUACCUUACCAAAAAUUUACCGAUAUGUGACAAUAUUAGAGCUAGAUUACAGAUACAACUAGCUAAAAGUUACGGAAUUAAUUUCAUUUUAAUUAUUUGAAUGGACAACUUUUAUUUGUUGGUUUCUGUGAAAAUAUAUUGUAUUUUGAUUUCAAUUUUCAAAGCACUACAUUUUAGUUGAUAAACAAAAAAAUAUUUGUCUAGUCUAGUUCCGUUUCGUGUAAAGUGCCACAUGACAUUGUGUUCCACUUAAACCUUACUAAACAAAUUCGAUUAAUUUAUUAUUAUUAUAAAUAAAAAAUGUGGAUUUUUGUGAUCCAUGUAAAAAUUUGGAAAAUAUUUGUGCCAGAAAAUCUGUUAAUACACAAGGCAUAUUUUUUGACAACGUUUACCAGUGAAAAGUUACUAAUGUCAUAUUUUUAUUUUAGUCGAAGAUACAAUAAAAAAUAUCUACCCCUAUCUAUUAUUCAAUGUUGUAUGUACAGAUUGGAUGUUGUUAAAUAGCAAAACUGUCAUUUCAAUGGCUAUUUUUAUAGUGAGUUCUGAAUUAAGACUCAAAUUUGUAUUCUGUACUUAAUACAACAAAUUAUUUAAAAAAUAAAGUAAAGUAAGAAUUAUUUCAUGAUGCUAUCUUUAUAUUGGAUCGUUCAGGGCGUCCUUUUAGCUUUCCAGCUGUUCUGCACUUAUCCUUAUAAAAAUAAUUUGUACCUAACUCUAUAUCUCAUUGUUCUGCCUCUAUAAUACGUAGACUUUUCCAAAAAUAGUAUUUUUCUUGGAGGUUUUGAACGAUUUAGCACUACGCACUACUCCUUCGAGGUACUUAAACCUUUUGCUGAAAUUGGUAGGCCGUUCAAAGAGUUGAUGCUCUGAUCACAAAAUCUGCAUUUGUCCUCUGCCAUAUCUAUAGUCUUAUGGUGUCUGAAGACCAGUAGUUUAAUCUUUUAACGCCUGGUUUCUUUUCUUCUAAGACUUCUAAAUUGAUAUUAUUAUGAAUCUUUUAGUUUGUGUUAGGCUUGGUGUGAUCUCUUUCCGUUCCUUUACCCAUCUGUUCUGUUUAUAGAUGUGACAUCUCAUGCGGCUACUGGUCUCUGGUCCAAAUUAUGGCAUCGAUAUCCCUCAUUUAUCAAAACUGUCUGCUUCCUCAUAACCUGAUACACCCUGGGAGCUACAUUAGGGUUACUUUGUUCCUGGUAGCUUUUAGAGUUUGCAACCAACACAAGUAAUCGAAAUUAUUUAUUUUAGUAUGUAACAAAAUUGAUUCACUUAAAUUUUUUAUUUGUACUUUUAGCUUCUCUAAAUUUUCUGGUUUGUUCGUCAAAAAAUACAGCAUCGAUAUACUCACAAAAGGAUUAAAAUCAUUCCGGGCAUAUUAGUAUGUACAAAGGGAAUAAACCUUUAGUUUCGGGACUCCAAGGAUACCAUAUAUCUAUGAAUUAAUAACAAAUCAAGGAAAUUAAUUUAAAUAAUUUAAACAUGCUUAUUUGUAUAAAUAAACAUUUAUAUAAAUGAUAGAUGGGGGUGUAUAUUUAUUAAACUAUUACUAUAAAAUGAGAAUCAUAAAUGAUUUUAUAAAAA